AUGCUACGAGCCAUAGGGCCGCUGUAUAACAGCAGGAAGCUGGCGCUGCGUUUCUUUCAGACGGAACAAAGAAAUAACACAAACUUGCACGGUUUGUCGGCGGUGCAGAAGAAAAAAGUGAUCGUGAAAAUGUUCAAGCAACUCACCCGAAGCGACAUGGAGGCGCUUAAGAGGCGGGCUGCCGCCUGGGAAACCAAGAAGAUGGGUGGCGACAGCGUGACUCCUUCCCAACGACGUCGGAACGAGAUCACGCCGUACGAGCUCUUCUACAAGGAGCAGCUUUCGAAUCCCUCCAUUGCGUCCAUCGCAUCCCCUAGCGUACGCGAAAAGAGACUGUUCGCCAUUUUUAAUACUCUGCCAGCGGCCACGAGGGAUACGUUUGAGCAGCGUGCAAGAGAGCUCUCCCGGGGUGAGGCUGCGAGUGUCUCCCCGACGCCGUCGAGGAAAAAGCCCACAGUUAGCAGAAAGAAAAAAAAGACUACAAUUAAGACCAAUAGCAGAGCUCGCAAGAUAACCAAAGCAAAAGGUUCUGUAAGGAAGAAGAAAACCGGCACCAAGGCCACGGUGUCGCUCUACGGCGCAUUUGUGAAGGAGCAGAUGCCCCAUGUGAAACAUCUUCCAACCAAAGAACGGUUGAAGGUAAUUGCCGCAAAGUGGAAUGCGUUGAAAACGGGGAAUGCCGCAGACAAGCCGGAGCAGUCGACUGCUGCAGCGGCUACUACACCACCGCAGUCCUGA